GGGCUCAUUAGCAAAGACCCGUGCAGAAAGUCACAGCCUCUCGCCACCUCCCCUCCACCUGAACCCGAGCGAGCGCGAGAGAGAGCGAGAGAGAGGGAGAGAGAGAGGGGGGAAAGCUAAAGUUUUUUGAUCUCCGCCAUGGAUAUGCAGAGCGACUUCGAUCGCCUCCUCUUCUUCGAGCACGCCCGCAAGACCGCCGAGGCCACCUACGCCAAGAGCCCCCUCGAUGCCGAUAACUUGACUAGGUGGGGAGGAGCCUUGCUGGAGUUGUCUCAGUUCCAGAGCGUGCCGGAUUCCAAAAAAAUGAUUCAAGAUGCUAUUUCAAAACUUGAGGAGGCGCUCCAGGUGAACUCCACCAAGCAUGAUACUCUUUGGUGUCUUGGGAAUGCUCACACUUCCCAUGCAUUUUUGACUCCGGACCAAGAUGAGGCUAAGGUUUACUUUGAGAAGGCAACUAGCUAUUUUGAGCAAGCUGUCGCUGAGGAUCCUGGCAAUGAGUUGUAUGCUAAGUCUCUGGAAGUGGCUGCUAAGGCCCCGGAGAUACACAAGGAGAUCCACAAGUCUGGAUUAGCACAAGAGGCUGUAGCUGCUGGGCCUUCAUCUUCUUCCGGUGGGAUGAAGAGUUCAAAGAAAAAGAAGACCAGUGAUCUCAAGUAUGACAUAUUUGGCUGGAUCAUCCUUGCUGUUGGCAUUGUCGCCUGGGUCGGGUUUGCGAAAACUCACAUGCCCCCACCGCCGCCUCCCCCGCGAUGAGUGAAGCGCGUAUCUGUCCUUGUUCAGAAGAUUAAGCAUCCAUCAGAAGUUCGUGCUGAUGUAUGUGCGAUGGCGCGACAUUCUUCCCAUCUAGCGCCUUGCUUCCUUUUGCAAGGAAUUAAUCUUGUCUCUGCAACUUUAUUUAGUAGUGAGUUUUUUGGGCUUUUUGGGUUGAUUCAUGGUUGAUAAGAGGAGAGCACAUUGAGGUAGGUCUGCACUUACCAUUGAGAUUGUUCUUUUGGACUCGUUUUGGCCGCAUCGUUUUAUAAGGUAAUUUAUCAUAUUUUCACACCCUUUAUCAA